CAGAUCUGACCUAUGAUAAUACCUUGAAAGAGUAUGAAUAUUUCAGCAAACUGCCUCUUCAGUGGUUCCUCAUUAGCAUCUGAAGUGCAUGCCGCUGCUGUUAAUGGAGAUAAGAGUACCCUCCAAAAGCUAAUAGCAGCCAGAGGGUGAUGUGUCUGACGUGCUAAGGCAGAUCGGAGAGCCUGAACCGACAGGAAGCACAAUAGCAAUGAAGGUUACUCUCCUGUAUUGGAACAGAAGGGCCUUUCUCCAUGCAAAUCACAGUCUCUAAGCAAGAGAAGGUAUUACAGGAUGAAUCAUCAGAUCUACCUGGUAUUCACUCAGCAGUUUUAAAGGAACUCAGAAAUGAAGCAAGUGAGCGAAUGAUUGCUGUACCUGGAAACUCUGAGCUGAAAGAUAAAGAGGACCAGUUUGGAAGAACUCCUCUGAUGUACUGUGUGCUGGCUGACAGGCUGGACUGUGCAGAGGCUUUGCUGAAGGCUGGAGCAGAUGUUAACAGAGCUGAUCGUAGCCGAAGAACUGCUCUCCAUCUUGCAGCACAAAAGGGAAAUUACCGCUUUAUGAAGCUUUUACUGGCUCGUCGAGGGAACUGGAUGCAGAAGGAUUUGGAGGAUAUGACACCAUUACAUUUAACUACACGUCACAAAAGCCCAAAAUGUUUAGCUUUAUUGUUAAAACACAUGGCACCUGGAGAAGUGGAUACCCAGGACAAAAACAAGCAAACUGCAUUGCAUUGGAGUGCCUACUACAAUAACCCAGAGCACGUCAAACUUCUCAUAAAACAUGAUUCAAAUAUAGGAAUCCCUGAUAUUGAAGGAAAAAUCCCACUUCACUGGGCAGCUAACAACAAAGACCCUAGCGCGAUUCACACGGUGAAAUGUAUUCUGGAAGCUGCACCUACAGAAUCUCUGCUUAACUGGCAAGAUUAUGAAGGACGAACUCCCCUUCAUUUUGCUGUAGCUGAUGGGAAUGUGGCAGUUGUUGAUGUUCUGACCUCCUACGAAGGCUGCAAUGUGACAUCUUAUGACAACUUGUUUCGAACUCCUCUUCACUGGGCAGCCUUACUUGGUCAUGCUCAGAUUGUCCAUCUCUUACUAGAAAGAAAUAAGUUUGGAACUAUCCCAUCUGAUAGCCAAGGUGCAACUCCUCUACAUUAUGCGGCACAGAGCAACUUUGCUGAAACAGUUGAAGUAUUUUUGAAACAUCCUUCUGUAAAAGAUGACUCAGAUCUUGAGGGCCGAACAUCCUUCAUGUGGGCAGCUGGGAAAGGCAGCGACGACGUCAUUAGGACUAUGCUGAGUUUGAAACUGGAUAUUGAUAUCAAUAUGACAGACAAAUAUGCUGGCACAGCAUUACACGCUGCUGCACUUUCUGGCCAUGUCAGCACAGUGAAGUUGCUGUUGGAACAUAACGCACAGGUGGAUGCUUUGGAUGUCAUGAAACACACUCCACUUUUCCGAGCCUGUGAGAUGGGACACAAAGAGGUGAUACAAACACUCAUUAAAGGAGGAGCAAGAGUAGAUUUGGUUGACCAAGACGGCCAUUCACCCCUUCACUGGGCAGCCCUGGGAGGAAAUGCUGAUGUGUGCCAAAUCUUGAUAGAAAAUAAAAUCAACCCUAAUGUGCAGGAUUAUGCAGGUAGAACACCUCUCCAGUGUGCUGCGUAUGGAGGUUACAUUAACUGCAUGGUAGUGCUACUGGAGAAUAACGCAGAUCCAAAUAUUCAGGAUAAAGAGGGAAGAACUGCUUUACACUGGCUCUGUAAUAAUGGCUACCUUGAUGCUAUAAAGUUACUGCUUGGUUUUGAUGCUUUCCCUAAUCAUAUGGAGAACAGCGAGGAAAGGUACACUCCACUUGAUUAUGCCUUGCUUGGGGAACACCAUGAAGUGAUUCAGUUCAUGUUGGAACACGGAGCUCUGUCUAUAGCUGCUAUACAGGACAUUGCGGCUUUCAAAAUUCAGGCUGUCUAUAAAGGAUAUAAAGUUAGAAAGGCUUUUCAAGAGAGGAAGAAUCUCCUAAUGAAACACGAACAGCUGAGAAAAGAUGCUGCUGCCAAGAAACGUGAAGAAGAAAGUAAGAGAAAAGAAGCCAAGCUGCAGAAAGGAACGCAGAGCGUGGAACAAAGCAAGUUUCGAGUACAACAGAAUCCAGCGAAUCGAGAGAAAACUACCAGCAUCCUGCAACUGCCUAACAAACAAACUGAUAUACAGAGUAAGAGACCUCUUUCUCUCAGCGCUUCCCAAAUUCAACCAGGAAGAACCAGUAGAGGUUCGCCUAAAGCUUGUCACAACAAAGGGACACCAAAGGAGACGUGCCCGUCUUCAGAGCCUCAGAGCGAUGGUCAUAAAAUCAGGCAAGAAUUAUCGAGAAAACACAUCAGAAGCAAGCCAAGUUGUGUCCAUUUCCAUUGUGGCAAAGCAGAAGAGGUGACAAAAGUUGAAGCCAAACAUCAGGUUGCAGCUGCUACGGAAGUGGAUGGAGAAAAGCACAGAGAGCACACCACCAAGGCAAAUGGUACUUCUGCUCGUGGUAACAGAAGGCACGCUUCUGCUUGUAGGACUGCUAGUGCUGGGGAGAAAUUACAGGAUCAAAGUCAGUCUUCGUCUGGUAACAGGGACAACAGUGAAGGAAAUUCUGUGUUCGUGUGCAGCGUCAGUUGUGCUGGGGGAGUUGCGAGAAGUUCCAAGCAGUGUGAAGCUGUUCCAAAGGGCAAAAGGCAUCAGCAAAAAUCCAGAAGUAAAGAGGUAAACGAUGAGAGAUGCUCACCAGCUGGUUCUAGCAGACCAGGGAGUGCCAAAACGGUAUUUGUAAACAGCAGAACUGCCAGCGUGCAUGCCGUAGAACAAACUAACAAUGUGGGAAAUAAUGAAUUAGCGAAAAAGCCCUCCCCUUUAUUGUCUGCUGAGACAGAAUCUACCAGAACCAUGCCAAGAAAUCCAGCAGCGUGUUCUGCCUCUGAUGACAGUUUGAACUUGGAAAAAACAGGCAUAAUUGGAUCCAGGAAUGCAGAUGAUCAAUUAUGUUCUGUCGCAUGGCAAAGUACAAAUAUUGAACUAAUCCCUUUGGAGAUUCGAAUGCAGAUAAUAGAGAAAGAAAGAACAAGGAAAGAGCUGUUUCGGAAGAAGAACUACGCUGCCACGGUUAUACAGAGGACGUGGAGAAGUUACCACCUGCGACAGGAGUUGUUCCGGCUUCUUGGCGCGAAGCGGCAGUGCAAAGAUGAAGACAAAUGGAGCCAAGAGGCAGCUGCCUUCCUCCUUCAGGUUGCCUGGAAGAAACAGCUGAACCACAGCCCUCUGAAGUCAGCUCCUUCGUGUAAAACUCUGAAACCCGUGAGCAAAACCAGCUCAGCCAUAAAAACCAGCAAGCAGUCCAUCCUCAAGCAGAUAUACGGACGUUCUCAGGAAGGCAAAGGAUGUCAGCCAGCAAGACCUUCCUCUAAGCUGAAACUUUCCGAGGUGCCACUGGUCUCAGCAAACAACCUCCAGUACGUUAAUUUGCUGGAGAACAUGGGAAGAUCCAAGCAGUUUUCGUACAACAUGAGGCCGACCACUGCUGCAAAAUCAAAAAGUACAAGAGUGAAGCACUAAGGAAAACAGGACCUGGGAAUUCAAGGAACAGAUCCUGGUAUAAAUGCGAUUGUUCUGUAACGUGCAAAUCAUCUACAUUUUAAACUCGAACACAUCUUCAAUUUUGUAUUAUAUCAGCAUUACAUGCCAAGCAGACUGCUAAGGAGCUGGACUUCACUUUGUGUACAAAUUAGUUUUUAAAUGCAACUGUUAAUUUAUUUACUGACAGGAUGAAAUCUGAACGCCAUUUGGAAACAGAAAAUUAAGUGCUGAGCCUAGCAUUGCAGGGCAGUUGCAGCGGUUCACAAACAUUUCCACUGUCAAAAGUAGGAAUUUUGAAUGCGUUUGUUAAAUGCAGUUUCAAUGGACUGAAACUGUGCUGGAGAUGUAACAGUGCUAAAAGACUGCUGUUCCAUUUCACCUCAAAUUUAUUAAAUGUAUUCCAAAACCUAAGCAGGAAAUGAAGUACAGACCUUGUGCUCCAUUCUCAGCUACCUACAGCUUUGGAAGGACAAGUAGAAAUGGUGACAAAAAAUCACUCAGUACAUAAAGGUCUUUCCACAGCCUAUGGAAAUUGCUAGGUACGUUUUCUACUUUUGAGAUAAUCCCCAAUUAUUUAUUUGUUAAUAACUGUAUUAUUAUAUAUGCAUAAAACGAGUUUCUACAGAAAGCAAGAAAGGACAGGGGCCUGCUCUAGAUGAAAACUUGUUAGUUUUAGCUUUGGAGCUGCCAGUGUACAGUAUUUACUUUGCAUAAAGCCUUUAAAAAUACGAAUUCACAAAAAAUAAGUUAUUCAAAUUUCAAAAUAUAUUAUUUUUUUCUAGCUGAUGUUACAUAAUUCUAAUUAUUCUAAUUAAUGCAAUGCUUAAAAAUAAUAGCUGACUAGAGUCGAUAAAAGCCUCUGUUUCUCUACAAGAACUUAAGCUUCAAGAAGAUUCCUUAACUGACCCCUCCCUGUGGUCUUUCACAAAAAGAAAUUGAGUGGAGUUACAUUUACUUGCUUGAAAAGAAAGCUCUUAGAAGCAAGCAUGCAGUUCUUUGUAAAAUUUUUAUUGUUUCACUUACAAAAAAAAUGGACAAGCUUUGUUCCAACAUCUUCCAUUCGAAACUAAAUAGAAGUAAAUGCUUUACAAUAAAUGCAGUUCCACCUCUUUAAUAUACCGUGUUCAUAGGGCCAGGUCCCUGGGGGUGAGAGGCAAGGUAGAUGUUGAAACAGUAAUGGAGGUCUGUUAGCCACUGCUCUUGGACUUCGCCACUCUUCAGUGUCUAGAAAGAAGGGGAAAAAGAAAAUAAAAGGGUAAAACUCAGUUUCACCAGCAGUAUUAGUAAAGCUUCACUUUGUUUCUACAGUUAACCAGGUGCUCUGUUGAAGAUACGAGAGAGCCUCGUUCACCCACAUGCAUGUACACAUUUAAACACGAUGUGCCUGUUAAUUAUGUCAGAUUAAGUGUUAUUAUUUGGUACGUUGAGUCAGUGUUACAUUAGGAAGUGUGUGAAUUGUAUCAGAUGCGUUUCCUUACUCUUUAAUUGCAGCAGCUUGCUUACUUUCCAAUUCUGCCAUUUGUAGUCCAUCAAAAUGCAAAUGAGCAGGGCUGUUCUAAUGAGGGAGAGCUCAAUGCCCAAGCCUGCAGCAGAGCUGCUACCAACACACCAACCCAGACCACGGGCCAGUAAUUCACCUCCUUACCAUUCCUAAGUGGUUAAAAAAACAAAACCAGAUGUAUUUAAGGGAGUUUGUCUGAUUUAAUUACGUCUUUAUACACAGACAUACCCCUGCUCCAACAAAACAGAAAGAAGUAGCUUCUUAUUUUGGCACAGCUCUGCAUCAACCAGGCUGGGCAGGUCGUCCCCUUUCAGUGCCUUUUGUUGGGCUGAAUCAAGCUCAAUACCAAACCUGCCUGCCCUGUGCAGUGAGUACAGGAGCUGGGAGAAGCAGCAGCCUGCACUACUAAGACAAAUAAAAUUGUCACUUGUGUUUUACCAAGUGCGGGGUUUGCACUAAGUUGCAAACAUAAACAUGAAGUCUAUCCUCGUGGCCUCUGGGAGACGAGAGGAGGUUUCUUACCAUAAUGUCCUUGAUAAUCUGCUGCACCAGAAAUUCAUUUGUCAUCAUGUGGCUCCUGAGCUGCCCGUGCUGCAUUAGCAAGCGAAGCAGCUGAGCGACCACAGGCAGCUCUUCCCGACAGAUCCUGCUCACUUGGAGGCUUUGCAGCAUCACCCUCAGUAAUCGUGGCAGGAGCGCUAACGCAGAGAUGCACGAACCCCACAGCAUAUCCCUGAGAGGAACAGGGAACAAAAAAUUGAAAUGAUGAGGGAAGAUUACUUCAAAUACACUUCUGUAACCUAUGCCUUGUAUUUCUACAAGGAAACGUACCUCUGCGUGGAAACCACGUGGCAGGAUUACACCCUCAAUUAGAGCUGAAGCAGAAAAUUUGUACAGACAAACGCUAAACUUGUACUAUUCUAAGAUAUAGUACAGACAAACACUAAACUUAAGUUUUAAACUUUAAAUAAAGUACAGACAAACGCUAAACUUAAACUAUUCUAAGAUGAUGGACAAUACUGGGGAAAAAAAAAUUAAGGUUCUGCCCUGGAGCUUCCAGUGUUGCUGAAGCUCCUCCACAGUGUAAUUUCUGCUUGAUGCAGCAGGGAAGACUUCAUCUGUAAUUAAAAUACACCUCAAUCUCUAAGAGUCAACCUCCUGCCCCCCGAUAUGAAGGUAAUGCAAUCAGCUUUUUCUACUAUUUAAGUCAUUAAAUACAGUAAAUGAAGGAGGAGUCUGGUUUUCAGAACACAUCUAAAAUCAACUCUGGACAACUUUUUUGUAUGUGGCACGGUUAUAGGAAAAAUUCUGAAGUUUAAACUGUUAAAAGACAUUUCUGCUACGCAGGUAAAUAAACUUACUGAAAUCUGG